CUAGGGUAGGAUACCUAUUUUGGCUUUUUUCACAUCGUUAAUGCAUUGACCCCUUUGAGCUAGAGUGGAUAUAGAGAAGAAAAGGCAACCAUACAUGGAAAAAGGAGAGAGAAAGAGGCAUAUAUGAGAAACUAUGAUCACGGCUACAUACAAGGGUCAGCAUCCCACCUCUAUAUCUGAUCUGCUAUUAGAAACUUCGUUAACAAAAGUCCAUCUUUGUUUUAAUCCUUCGUGGAUUGAAUCUUGAUGGAAUUGUAAUUGCAGAAUCAGCAUAAACUUUUUUAUCAGUAUCUUAGAAGCAAGUGGGCAAGAGAAGCAUAAAAGAAAGGAAGAUCAAAAGAAAAAAAAAAACUUUGGGUUACAUGGUUAGAGAGCUCUGUGAAGAUAAACCAAGGAAUAUUGUCUCAUCAACUGGGUUUUGUUACUCAGAUGUUUCAUCUGGUAGCUCCCAUCCGGUGAGUCAGAUCCAAGGCUUUGAAUCCAACCCAGACCCAGAUAUCUUCAACUUGGCAACAGGCAUGGAGAUGAUAGGGUUUUCAAAGAAUCUACCGCAACAAGGUGACAGUUACACGGCGGUGUGGAAAGGGUCCUUGAACAAACAUGGAAGCAACCCUGAUCCUUCAUCCAAUACAAUCAAUGAGUCAAAAAGCGAUUUCUAUCAACAUGAAUUCAACAAACCUGAGUUCACAGCUGGGAUAUCUGAAACUGAGACUAGUACUGGGAAUCUAAUAGUGGGAGCGGAGACAGGUCCUUGGCAAGAGAACAGGUUGCUUGUUGAUGAUUCUUCUUAUAGAUGUGUUUUUCCUUGUGAAGGAAACGAGAGGCCAAGUCAGAGUCUUUCACUCUCUCUUUCAUCAAAUAAUCCUUCGACUAUCGGCCUACAGUCUUUCGAACUCAGACAAACCACCAGUCACAGCAAUCAUGAUCAGCAACAUGAUAUGAGGUUUAUUGGUUCAAAUUCUAGAGAUGGUUUCUUCGAAAAGGCUGCAAAUAUCCAACAGCAACAACAACAAGCCAUCCAAAGCGAAUUUCUGGAAGAAGCUGCGAAUUUACAUCAUCAGGGGCAGUUCCAAGUGGGGAGUUCAAAGUUCUUGGUCCCAACUCAGGAACUUUUGAAUGAGUUUUGCAGCCUCGGCACAACGCAAGUUGAUGCAUCAAAGGAAAAACAGAUCCAUAAGACCAAACAGUGUGAUGAUGACAAUGGAGCCAGUUCUUCAUGGAAGCAACCCCUUUAUUCCCUUAACUUCAUGGAGUUGCAGAAAAGAAAAACCAAGCUGCUUUCAAUGCUGGAAGAGGUGGAUAGAAGAUACGGACACUAUAGUCAUCAAAUGAAAGCAGUGGUGUCUUCCUUCGAAGCAGUGGCUGGCAGCGGGGCUGCGUCAGUAUAUUCAGAUUUAGCCUCCAAGGCCAUGUCAAGACAUUUUAGAUGCUUAAGGGAUAGGAUUGUUGGUGGGAUUCAAGCUACAAGGAAGGCCAUGGGAGAAAAAGACCCGGUUGCACCGGGCACAAGGAGAGGCGAAACACCAAGGCUGAAGAUCAUAGAUAAAGCUUUGAGGAAACAAAGGUGUUUUCAACAGAUGAACAUGAUGGAGAAUCAGCCAUGGAGACCCAAAAGAGGCCUACCUGAGAGAUCUGUUUCUGUUCUUCGAGCUUGGUUGUUUGAGCAUUUUCUUCACCCGUAUCCCAGUGAUGUUGAUAAACAUAUCUUAGCCCGCCAAACUGGUCUCUCAAGAAGCCAGGUAUCCAAUUGGUUCAUUAAUGCGAGGGUAAGGCUAUGGAAACCAAUGGUGGAAGAAAUUUACAUGGAAGAAACGAAGGAGCACGAAAACAACAUGGCCUCCUCAGAUGCAGUUACUACUAUCGAUGGUGAUGAUAAUAUUGGCCGGCCUAAUCCAAAUAUUCUUCUCACCGAUCAGAAACCCACACCGGACCAGCUCGUUCGAAUUGAUUCAGAAUGUCUAUCUUCAAUUGUCAGUAAUGACCCAGAAAAAAAUGAUGCAAAAAGUGCCAAAACCCUUCAAAACCAGCACUUGCAUCAACAUCAUUAUCAGAAACAAAGUUUUGAAACCUCUGGUAUAAUGGAGUUGGACUUCUCUUCCUACAGUCAUCAUCACACAUCGGGUGGAGCAUCUUAUAAUGGAAGUGAUUACAAUGCUAACCAAAGUUGUUUCAAUGGCGGAGGAAGUGUAUCAUUGACGUUAGGGUUGCAACAACAUGGUGGGACUGGGGUGAGCUUAGCCUUCUCGCCUGCAGCACAAAGUUCAAUUUUUUACCCUAGGGACCACAUUGAAGAUUGUCAACCAGUACAGUACUCACUUCUUGAUGGUGAAGCACAGCAUUUGCCUUACAGGAGCUUGAUUGGUGCACAGUUGCUUCAUGAUUUCACUGGAUAGCUAGGUAUUAGAGAAAAAAGAAAGAAUGGAAAUGGUAGAUAAGUAGUUUAGGCAACAAUGGUAAAUACUGAAUACAUAUAUAUAGCUACAUUAAUUUAAUGGCUGGUAGCUAGCUCUUUUGAAUUGGAAGAGCAUGUCUAUUUACUACAAGGCUAACUUGGAAUUAUUACCAGCUAUUGAUGCUAGGUUAUACAGAUAUUUGUUUCCUCUUUGGGUUGAAUCUGUUUUGCUAAAUCUUUAACCUAUUA